CUCUCUCUCAUGGCACAGUAAUCAGUUAGAUAUCGGAGAACAUAUUUCCAGCCUUCGCCAUGGCUCCCGUCGCCCUAGAAUCCGAGCCAAGGUAUCUACCGUUGGUUCUGGUGGCAUCGCAUAUAACAGUCCCUAUCUAUCUCACUUACAUCAUCGGCUUGGGCCUCUACCGAUCGUAUGCCCAACUGGGCCCAGCCCAAGACACGCGUGGCCGGAUAUCGCAACGACAAAAGCUAGUGACAGUGUUCGGCAGUUUGUCACUUCUGAGUCUAGCAUCUGCCAUCAAGUCCGGAUUGGAGUAUCUGGCCAUCUCAUACAAAGUAUGGGCAUCCGAACGAGGUAUCCCCCUUCUGCAAACCCUAUCCGGUGGCUUCAGCCUCAAGAACCUCACACCCGAACAUGUCCGCGCUUGGUUGAAUGAUACACCGCUCUACCUCGAUGCUCUCGAAAUCAUCGCAGAAAAAGCCCGGAGAUUGUGGUGGGGACAACAGCUCGACCUGGCAAUGGUCUCAUGGACCAUGUUGCUGGUGGUUGAAGGUCGCAGGAGGAAGAUCCCGUUUCUUUGGGCGUAUGCACUGCUUGCGCAUCUGGUAAACCUCUCUUUUGCGCAGAACUUGUUCUACGUUGCUAUGCUCUUGACUCCUGUGCCCAUUGGUAAUACCCACAUGUCGAGACUAUCGAAGCUCCUCGCUCGUGCGUUCCCACCGAAACCUGCCAACUGGUUCCCGAAGCCUGCCUUCUUCCACAUCCUCCUCGUUCUCAACUAUGCGGUUAUGCUCUGGGCGCCCCGAACCGCAGGAACCAUUCACUUUCCUACAGCCGUUGCGAUUUCCAAAGCAUUGUCUAUUGCGCCUCUGGUUCUGCCAGCCAUCAUUCCCAAGUCCUGGGGAAAGAUCCAAGCCGAGCCACACGACAGCUACAGUUCCUUCACAAAACUCUUCAACGUCAUGUCUGUCGCCAGCAUCCUGCUACACGGCAAGACAUCCAUCUCCGCUCUGUGGGAUAACCUCCCCGGCUCGUACAAGCACCGCCACAGCGUCCGAAUCCCCUUCGACAUCGAAAAGCGAUCAGCAUGGGAACGAAGCACAACCGCCAUGGAAAAGAUUCUAGGCUCAAUGAAUGACCACCCGGCCGUCGCAGCCGCCGGCAAAGAUGUUCUCCUAUGCGCCUUCAGCCUGGGUCUUUGGGCGGCAGUUCGCGCCUUGGACGUAGAUCACAUGCUCAAGGCGGUAGCACCGUUCUACGGAAGGAAGUCGGGAAGGAAGGAACUCCCCGCUUCCAACCCAAAGGCCGUGGAAAUGGGCAGCACAGAACCCUCCGAGUCGAUUUCGGAAAGCGAACCCUCGCGCCCGAGCUCGUCUUCGGGCUUGACCAUGAAGCUUAGGGACCGUGGCAAGCACGUUAGCUCGAAGCUUGCGGAGGCUCUUAGUGCCAAUGGUAACGCGGAUACUAGCCCGAAGGAAGCGCCGAGGAGACAGGGGAGACCACGCAAGAUCAAGCAAGAACCGACACCGGAGCGGGAGCUGGGAACCAUUGACGAGGUGGCUGGUGUACCUGAUGCGGUCAGUGACUCGACUUACGAGCCCACACCGGCGGUCAAGGCACAAGCUGUGGAGGGUGAUGUUUUGCCGGAUGAUGAGUUUGAUUGGGAAUCGGCGGCUCUUGCGUGGGGGUUGACUGCGCUGGGAGGACUGGGUGUCGGCUCGUCGGCUGUCUAUGGGGCUGAGUGCGUUUCUCGUUGAGGAGGCUGUGGGAAGAAGGAGGCUUUCUUGAGCACUGGCGUUUACGGAAUGUGAACGAGGUAGUAUAUGAGCUUGGAGGAUCCGAAUAUAUAUUCGAUGUAGUUCUAAUCUGAAGUGCCAUCUACCUUCCUCUUAUGCUUGUUAUGGUCCGGUAUUGCGAAGAUUUGGGCUACUAGGAAGAGGGGAUGAGAGAAGGUUACUGAAUCA